UUACACUAAGAAUAAUAUUUAACUGGUUAUUAACAAAAAGAUAUAAUUUAGAAUUUAGGAUUUAUGUAUACUAUUGAGGAAAAUGAAGAAUUUGGAGAUGAAAACUCUUAAAAUUUGCAUAAUUCUGCUUAGAAAAGACAAUAUACUUUCACUUUUAACAAUGAAUCAAAAGAUUUAUCCAGCUACUAAGCGGGAAGCAGCUUGUUUAAUAUGAGUUAAGAAUUGAAAUAUUCAACUCCUUCAAUUUUAAAUAAUUAAGAGAAAGAAGAAAAACUUGAGAAAAUAAGAUAAAUGGAAAGCAGAAUGAAGUAACUGCAGUAAGAAAAAAUGUAAAUUGAUUUAUCAGUUAGCGAAACUGUUGAAAGAACUCAGCUUGUUUAAGAAAAUAAUGAUUUAAAAAACUAAUUGUAUGCCAUGGAGUUAUAAAUAAAGUAAUAUCAGCAACAUUAAUAAUAAGAUCUCACUGAAGUUUCUCUUUCUUUAGAGAAGUAAAAAUAAAUUGAAUUUGAAAAUAAAGUGAAUUAGCUCGUUAAAGAAAACGCUAACUUAAUUGAGUAGUUUAACAUGGCUAAGCAAGACUUAGAGCUAUUAAUCAAACAAAAGGAAGUUGAUAGAGCACAUAUUUAAGUAUUGGAAGAAAAAUUACUAGCUUUUGAGAGAAUGAAUGAGAAGUUGGAAGAAAAAAAUAUUUAGUUGCGUGAUGAAAUGAUAAAAAUUUAGUAUCAUUCUAACACUGAUGAGAAUUAUGUUUAAGAUCUUAAAAAUUAAUAUAAGAGAGUAAAUGAUUUGCUUGACUUGGAACUUAAAAAUAAAAAGGUUUAUGAAAUGCAGCUAAUACAAGCAAAGUAAUCUUAAUAAAGCUUAAAAUAGCUUGAAUUGGAAUAUACAUCUUUAUAGUAGAAUUUAGAAAAAUUAAAAAAACUCAAUUAAGAAUUAACUAUCGAAAAUAAUACUAUAAAAUAAUAAUAUUACUCAGAAAAUCAAAAAAAUAUUAUUCUUGAAAAGAAUUCUUUAAAAAUUUAUUAGUUGUAAAAGGAACUUGAUAUAAGCUAAUAGAAUACUUAAGAUAUUUAGAUGCAGCUAGCUCAAGCUUAAAAAUAAAUUCAAGAGAAAGAAUUUUAGAUUAGAGAUCUAACAUCAAAUGUAUAGGAACUUAAAAAUUAAUGUGAACUAAAAAUGUUAGAAGAAAAAUAGAUGAAAGAGUAGAUCAUCAAAGAAUCUGAAAUUAAAGUUGAUAGUCAAUAAAAAGCAUUUUAAUUAGAACAAUAAAAAUCUGAAAAAGAGUAAUAAAUUAGAGAGUUGAAACGAGAUAUUGAGUAAUUGAAAGAAGAUCUCUAGGACUAAAAAGAAAAAGUUAUUUAGGAAUAAUAAAAAAAUAAGGAUUUGAAGAAUAAUGAGUAUUCUCUUACAAAAGAUAUACAAACGUUAGAAGAAUAGCUGUAAAAUAUUUAGAAUGAUCAUGAUAAACUAUAAGAAAAGUAUGCAAGGGCUUAAAAGUAAUCUUAAAAAGAAAUUGAAGAGAGUUAAAUGAUUAUAGAUGAAAUUAAAUCUCAAACAGAAGGAGAAAUUUUAUAACUAACAAAGAAAUGUUAAAAGUUAGAAAGCAUUAAUGAAGAUUUAGAAUAAAAUUUAAAAAUAGUCAGAUCUGAACUUGAAGAGUUCAAAAAAAAACAUGGUAGCACAAAAUUAAAAUAUGAAGAUGAAUUUGUGAAGGUUAAUUAGUUACAAAGAAAAUUAGAUGAAAGGGAAGAUACUAUUAAGCAGCAAAAAGAGCAAAUUGAGACUCAUAAAUUAAAAGAAUAGAAGCUUACUGAGUAGUUAGGAAAAAUUUAAGAAUAAACAAAGAUCAUUUCAUAAGAAAAAGAGAAUUAGCUUAGAGAGAUGAUAAAGGUAAGCGAUAUGAAAGUUAAGUUGGCUGAAAGACAAAUGGAAUAAAAAGAGAAUGAAAUGAAAUUACUAAGAGAAGAAAUGGUUUAUCUUUCAGAACAGCUUGAUUAAGGGUCAGAAGUUAUGAAAGAAUAUGAUAGGUAAUGCAUAGAGAUAGAGAUGCUGACUCAACAAAAAGAUCAGCUUUAGUAGACAAUCAUGAUUUUAGAAAAAUAAAUUGAUGAAAAGAAUCUUGAGUUUAUGUAAUUAUAAUAAGCAUAUAGAGAUAUAGAAAUAGAUAGGGAAAAGCUUUAAGAGACCGUUAUAAAGUAAGAAAGUAUCAUUUAAGAAGCAAAGUAAACUGAGAAUCAUAUAAGAGAAGAAAAGCGAAAGGUUAUAGAACAAUUUAAGUAAGUUAGUUAUGAAAAGAGAAUAAGUGAUGAAAAAGCUCUUGUUACUGAAGUUGUUGAAAAAUAAAAUGAAGAGCUACUACAAAAGCUAGAUAGUACAAGAAAUGAAAUGAAAUAGCUUUUAGAAUAGCUUAGGUAAGAAAAAUUGUAAGUAGAAAAGCUUACAGAAGAGAAUGAAAAGUAAAAUUAGCGUAUAAAAGAACUGGAAGAAAGCUAAAGUGUAAUGAGAGCAAUAUAAAGUGAGAAAGAAAAAGAAGAGAGUCGUUUAGAAGUAGAAAUGCUAAAAAUGAAACAUGAAAGUAUGGUCUCUUUAAACAAGUAAUAUGAAGAUGAAAUUUUAUAGUUAAGCAAAGAUAUUUAAGAAUUAGAAAAAUCUUUAAAAAACUCUUAUAAACGCAUAAAUGCUCUUCAGUAGGAAAUUGAGGAAAAAGAAUAAUAAAUAUCUGACUUAAGAAAGGAAUUGGAUUUGGUUGAUAGGUAAGUUAUCCUUAAAAUAAACCAUGAAAAAUCUUAGUAUCAAACACAAGUUACAGAUCUCCAACUUGAAGUAGAACAAAUGAGAAAUUUGUAACAAUAAAUAGCCUUGCUAAAAAGUAAUGAUGCAAAAUAUAUUGAAACUAUAGCUUCUCUUCAAAAAGAAAUUAAUAAGCUCGAAAUAGAUAAUUAGGAUUUACAAUUUAAAAUUAAAUAGUAAGAUCUUUAGCUGUAAAAAACUGAAAUAGCUUUUAAUUAAAACAUUCACUACUAAGCUUCCUAGCAUGUUAUCGAUUUAGAAACUUAGAUACACUAAUAAUAAGCAAGAAACUAAAUUCUCGAAUAACAAUUAAAAGCUAUGACAGAAAAAUAUGAGUAAAAAGCAAAGCUUUUUGAGAGAUAUGGAGUAAAUUUUGACCCACAGCACCCAAAUUAUAACUAAACUGUUAAAAAAAUACCAUAGCCUACAAACAUGUUAACUUCUCCUCCUUUUUCUCCAAGAAAAAAUUAGGUUUCAACAGCUAGCAUCAGCAAUAAUAAUAAUCCUUUAUUUUUAUCUCCACCAUAAAAAUUACAAUCAUAAAAUCUUUUAUUCAACUAAUAGGCUAUUCCCAACAGCAGCUAAUAAACAUAAAAUCUGAUAUAUUCUCCCUCAUCCUAAAAUUAAGAAUAAUUCAACUUUUCUUCAAGAUAAAAUCAGCCUCUUUUCCCACAACCUAGCAGUCAAUAUAAUGGUACUAAUUUCUAAUAAAAAUAUUAAUAACAAGUUCCUUCUUACAAUCUUAAUCCUAUGUUUGAAAGAAAUUAGAAUCAGUUAUAUUAAAAAACAAUUCCAAACAAUCAAGAUCUAAUAGAUUAGUAAAUAUUAUAAAGAUGUAAUGAAUUAACUAAAUUAUAUUGA